AUUGAACCGAAGCGUCUGCAACAGGACUACAAACCAGAUGGAGUAGUACUAAGAUGAUGAUCGACAGCCUACUACAUGCUAAGCGGGCACUGCAGGCCUAUGCAUCGGAUAGCAACAGCAAUCUGCCAGACACUAUAACAGGCAACCAAUGGUCGCUGCUGGAGAAAACGGCGACAGUUCUUAAACCCUUCCAAGAGCUGACAGCCGAGGUCAGUGCAGCCUCCGCCACAGCAGCCGAUGUGAUCCCCUCUGUCCGUGUCCUGACACGCUUUCUGGACACUGAGAGCGAAGCACACCGAGGGAUUCAAACCAUGAAGGCCACACUACUCGAUGCCGUUCACAGACGUUUUUACCAUGUGGAAAUGGAACCCCUCUAUGCCGUGGCAACACUGCUCGAUCCACGCUACAAAGACAAGUUCUUCACUAAUGCAACCAACCUGGAUCAGGCAAAGAAGGCACUAAAGGCAGAGGUGAUGAAAAUGGAACAAGAGCUGAAGAAGACCAUGCCACCAUCUGGAGAAGUGUCUGAGGCUGAGCCAGCAAGGCAAACACCAGGAAUGGAGGCUGAAAGCUCAACCAGCAGCCUGGGCAGCUACUUCGACGAAAUACUGGAGGAGAGCAGCACAGCAGUAGCAGGUCCGUCUGAGCAGGAGAUCCCCCCAGGGGCACUGAUUCAGUUGGAGAGCUACCUCAGCGAGGCUCCACUUGGACGUAAGAACAAUCCUUUUCAUUACUGGAGAGACAAUCAGGCUCGACUACCCACCCUGGCAGCAACAGCAGCCAAGUUCCUCUGUGCUCCUUGCACGAGUGUUGAGAGUGAGAGGCUUUUUAGCGCAGUCUCACUUAUCAUUGAUGAGCACAGGAGCAGGCUGACACCUGAGCAUGUUGAAAUGAUCACCUUUGUGAAUAAGAAUCUCCCCAUCAUGGUCAGACUGCAGCCAGGGCAAACAGUAGAAAUUGAAGGGAGUGUGGAGAUGGAGCAGUAAAGUGUGAAGGAGAUAGCAAUACUGUAGAAGGCGUGACAGUUAUUUGGGUUGUUAUAGCCCAUUCAGUGUGUGUGUGUGGUAAUUUGACUAUUUUCUACUCAGGUUUUGUGUGUGUUGCUUUUAUAUAUAAUGUUAUAUUGUUUACAAUAUUGUUUACACUCUUGUUGUUCAAGAACAGAGCACUGAUGCCAAUUCAGUGUGUCUGUGGUAAUUUGACUAUUUAUUAUUUUGUCUAUUUUGUGUUUAUUUAACCCUGAAUAAACAGGUCAGCUUCUCAUUACCAACUAUUGUGGAUUAUUCAAACUAACCUAAUUAAGUUGGCUAGUUGUUCUUAAGAGUAAAACCCUUUUCAACAUGAGUAGUACAACAAAAUAAGUAAAUAUCUUUAAUCUUUAAUACAUGCUUGGAUCGGCCGGUAUCGGUAUCGGCCGAUGCUAAAAGCUACAAUAUCGGUAUCGGA